CACACAGGCGGGGACACAGAGAAUCAGGUGUGUCCCCGGGACAGGAAGAAGAGACUGCAAGUGACAGAAGAGAGGACAGAAGGAGAGCGGCAGGAGCAGACAUUGUCAGGAGACCCAGCACGGGGAACAAGGACUGGCACAGAUACAAGGAGCAUCUCUGGCAAGAGAAGAGAAAUCUGCCUGACAUAGAGGAGACGAAUCGUACAAGAUGAGCUGGGCGCAAGAAGAAUCCGAGGUCUACAAGAUGCUGCAUGGGAACGAGGAGGUCAGGACAUCCCCAAGACAGUCCAGCAGCUUCAAACUACUGCAGGAGGCCCUGGAGAGCAACCCUGACGGUAUUUCCACUUCCUUCCCCAGCAGACUGUCACCCAGCACUCAAAAACCUGUAGCCAGCAGCACUAUGCAGAAACCCAUCCUCAACUCAGUGCCGUCCCCCCAGAGGGUGUGCGAAAAGUGCAACAGAGGCAUCAGUGACCUGGCAGUGAGGAUCUCCGAGGGACAGUACCGCCACCCAGUGUGCUACGUGUGUUCGGAUUGUGGCCUCAACCUACGCAUGAGAGGACACUUCUGGGCGGGCAAAGACCUGGUGUGCGAGAAACACGCCCGAGCCAGGCACGGCACGCAGAGCGGAAGCCAGCGCACAUGAG